UCAUGACGACAACAGGAUCGGCUUCACGUGUUCACGCGAAGGCUAUUCAUGUAGAGGCGAAAACGUGGCGACAGCGGUGGUAUAAAAGCGAUAAAAGAUCAGCCUUCCGUUAAGUUCCAGGAUUUCGAAAUCUCCACAACACCAUGCAGCACUCUCUUGUCAUUCUAUGCUUGGCCAUCGCCGGCGCCAGUGCACUCCAAGCAUGUACCUCAACCACAGAAUGUCACUGUCCUCAAUUCCCGCCUGGCAUGAAAGCAUUCUGUAUCCAGCAGACAUGUCACUGCCACACUGGCUCAGCGUGUACGACCGCUGCCGAUUGCACCACGUGUCACCACGGCGAUACGGCUACGUGUGUUCAGGACGCUCCCGGAAGUGCAUUCUGCUACUGUAAUGGUCACGAAGCUCCACCCCAGACGCAGAAAUGUACGACGGCUGAAACGUGCCCCGAUUGUCCUAACACAGGUCUGCACAAGGCAUGCCACGGUGGUGAGUGCCAUUGUCAUUUUGAAAAUGAAUGUGAGAGUCCUAGCGAUUGCUACACAUGCCCCGCUAGCACCCAAAGCGUGACGUGUGAGGAGAGCGACUGUCACUGUGAUGGCCACGAGGCCCCACCCAAGGCCCCGACCUGUAGUUCCGUAAGCGAUUGCCCCAGGUGUCCAAACAUCAACAUGACGCAGGCCUGCCUGAACAACGAGUGCAACUGCCACAUACCAGGAGAGUGCAAGGUGGCUUCAGACUGCAAGACCUGUCAUCCCGAUGUGACCAGCGUCACGUGCGACGGUGAUGGUACCGGCGACAUGUACUGCCUCUGUGACGGCCAUCCUGCUCCAAUUCAUCCUAUGCAUCAUGAAGGCCGGGGAGGAUUCCACGGCUUCCUUCGUGGCAAUUAAUGAAUAAAAUAUACCUUGUCA